CUAAGAGCGCGCAUGCGUCAGAAAAUUCUACAAUCUCAUGCCACUGGUUACGAUGUUCUCAUUCAUUAUUCUAUUAUGAAUUCUUAAUUUUUUUCAAUAAUGUUUUAAAUUGACUGAACAUCACUGAAAAAUGACAUUAUAUCACUUUGGAAAUUGUUUGGCGUUAGUGUACGUGCCAUACUAUUUGACCUACAAAUAUUCCGGCUUAUCUGAAUACGGUGCCUUCUGGAAAUGCAUCCAAGCAGGUGGUAUUUACAUCUUUACGCAGCUUGUAAAGAUGUUGGCACUUGCCACAUUUUUUCCAACCGCUGACAAUGUCGGAGAAGAGGGCUUUGAUGUUUUUGGGGAAUUUUUAAAAUCAUCUAUUGAUCUGGCGGAUUUGGCAGGAAUAUUGUUGGUACUAAAUGGUAUUCCUGGUAAAGGUCAUGCUAAAGUAUUAACUGCUGGCAUAGGAUGGGCAGGAGCGGAAGUGUUGCUCACAAGAUUCUUGUUACUUUGGGUUGGAGCUCGUGGUGCUGAGUUUGAUUGGAAAUAUAUUCAAAAGAGUCUUGAGUCAAAUAUCAAUCUGGUACAACAUAUAACGACUGCAACAUUGGUUUGGUUGUGGUCUAGGCACGAUUUACGGCGUGGUUUAGUUCCUAUAGUAAUUGGUAUGCUCGUGCUUACAGUGUACAGGCCGCUUGUAUUAGACUUUCUUACAUCACUUUUAUUAGCUGGCCCAUGGUCAACACUAAUUAUUAAAGCCGUUACUACUUUUUUCAUGGGCGCAACAACGUUACAUAUUUAUGCAGGUCUCGCGCAUUCAAUUGGAAUUUUCUGAACAAUAUAUUUAUAUGCAUACUUACUGCAUCUACAGUUGUAUUGAACAUAAUGUUUUCCAUUCCACAUUUUUUCGAUAAAAAAGAUAUAAUAUUGUAUAUUACAUAAUAAAUACUUUUAUGUAUAUA